AUGGCGUCCGUUGCCGCCCUCACACAGGCUCUGGUCAACCAAGCCGCGAAUCAGCUGCCGGGACAAGGACUGACGGAUGACGAGCUAUCCCUCGACGAGGAAGAACAAGCACUGCUGCUCGACCCAUUCCCUCCCGUCCACAUCAGCAAUCCAAACCCCAGCAUCUUGGGGUCCGAGAACUACGGCCUGAUUGACUUUUUGCGCAUUUGGGCAUACGGCCACAUCGUCAUUCGCGGCAAAAAGCUGCCAGUCCCGGGCCUCCACAGAGUCCUGAAGCAAGCCACCAGCGGAGUCGAGCGGGUGCACUACCAUGAUCUGCGCGGCGACGGCUGUGACAUGCAAGGGCUGGAUUGGGACAGCAUGAAUACGACGCGCCAUGCCGCCAGGCGCAUCCGUCGGCUCACAUAUAAGAACUACGUCAACAGACUGGGCUCCGAUACCUUUUCUUCAGCGGAGGCACAGCUCCCUUCCACCGACAGCUUCUUCAGAUUCAGGAGAAUGGACAUACGGAAAGACAUCAGCCUGGCCCAUUUCCAGCUUCGGAGCGUGCUGGCAUGUCCCACUCGGACGCAUGCGUACUAUCCCAGCACCCAGGGCAUCAAUGUGAUGAACACAUCGACCAACAGGACGAGCCUGGCCAUGAACCUCCGUGCGUUUGCCGGCAUGACGGCCCCUGCAGUUUCCACUCUCGAUGCCGGCUGCGGCGUCUUGAUGGCCGGCACCUUUAACGGAGAUUAUUUCCUGCAGUCGCUGAGCACCCAGGACAAAAGGGCCUAUUCCGAGGGGCAGAUAUCAAACGACAUCAGUGGGAUAACCAACCACAUCAAGAUAUAUAAGCCCAGGAGAUCGGGAAGUCCUGUUGCCGCCAUCGCAAGCAACGAUCAGGGAUUCCGCCUAUUGGACUUGCAGACGGAAAAGUUUACCGCCAAAUUCACCUAUCCGUUUGCCCUGAAUUGCUCAGCCAUGUCACCGGAUGGUCGGCUGAGGGUCGUUGUGGGUGACGACCUGAACGUCCUCAUCACCAACGCAGAGACGGGAGAGAUUCUGCAGCAGCUAGGCGGACACCGCGACUACGGAUUCGCCUGCGACUGGUCAGAUAACGGCUACACGGUUGCCACCGGAUUCCAGGACAGGACGGUCAAGAUCUGGGACGCCCGCUACUGGCGCAACGCCAACGGGGUCAGCGCGCCGCUCACCACGAUAUCCACCGAGAUGGCCGGUGUCCGGAAUCUGCGCUUCUCCCCGUCCGGCAGUGGCAGGCCCGUCCUCGCCGCGGCCGAAGAGGCCGACUUUGUCAACCUGAUUGACGCCCAGACCUUCACCACCAAGCAGACCAUUGACGUCUUUGGCGAGAUUGGUGGCGUGGCCUUUACCAACGACGGGCAGGAUCUCAACGUCCUCUGCUGCGACGCCCACCGCGGCGGCCUGCUGCAGUUUGAGCGCUGCAGCUUUGGCGUCGACGAGCCUCUCUCGGGAGGCCGCCAGCGCACGCACGGAGAGGGAGGGCCAUUCAACCAAUGGGACUUUGUGAAACGGCGCCGGCCGCCAAUGUACAUGGACGGCCCGGGUGUGUUUUAAGCGGAUGUUGCCCUCCGGCUGGUUAUGACGUUACGAUAUUCUCCUAUGCAUAUUCCCCCCCUUUCCUUGUCCCUCUGUCGCGUCACAUGCUCGCUCAAGCUGUCCCUUUUAGGCUUGUACAACCCUGUUUUGUUUCAUUAUUCCCUCUACGCCUGUGAUGACUUGACUUUCUGCCCGCCGUUCCUCUUGUCAAUUAACACCUUUGUCGGCAUGAUCCAUUGUGGUAUUUCCAUUCUUGUUUCUCAAAGUCUAUGGUUUACGGGUUGCCACUUGGCAAUUGCCGUUUAGUAGUUAUGUUUGUGGAACAUAUUGGUUUUCCUUUCUCUUCUUCAUUCUCCUUGUCGAUAGGGCACAAG